AUGCCCAAACGACGGGAUCCCAACGUCCUUCGACGCCCUCCGAACGCGUUCAUGCUCUACCGCACGGACAAGCAAAAACUUAUGCAAGAAGAAGGUCGGGGAAACUCGCAGGUUAACUUCUCAAAAGAGAUCGGCUCUAUGUGGACGAACGAGGACGCACGCGUAAAGGCCGAAUAUCAGGCACGCCACGACGAGCUGAUGGCGCGGUACCGUGUGAAGCUGAAGGAGCAGCAGGCCGCGCAGAAGGCCGUGCAGACAGCGGCCGCGCACGAGGAACAGUCUUCUGGCUCGUCGUCCGCGCAGACGAGCUCUGGCCCCAACACGCCGUCCUCCGCGUCCGGCCAGCCCUCGGACGCGCCGUUCCAGCGCGCGAAGGACGACAAGGGCCCACUCACGCCGGAGUUGUAUAAGAUCCUCGUAAGAGAAGAGCAGCAGCGGGUCGCCUACAUGGCCGAGCGGAUGUUCCACCUCUCGAGCCAGGCUCAUGCAGCCCAGAACACGAUGGGCUUCACGAUGCAGCACCCACCUCCGCAACAGUCUCCUGUUCGUCAACAGCCUGGCCGGGCUGCAGCCAUGUACCCGCCUGGCCACCCGUACGCUCGUGCGCCCGCGCCUGCGCCCCAGCCUCAGCCUCAGCCGCAACCGCAGCCAGAGCCCCUGGUGCAACAAUACGGCAAAAUUCACCAGGCGGCCCCGCUGCCCGAAGAUAGCGCCUACGCGGCGUUCCAAGCACAAAUGAAAGAAUAUUGGGGGGAAUCAUUCCAGGGUCCCCUCCUGGAGGAGGAAGAUAAGUCGCUCGCCGUGCCCGAUGAGCAGCCGGGGGAGCCUGGUCUGAAGAGCGGCGAGCCUAGGACCGUCCCGAAGUCUGUCCCUGUCAAGCAGUCUGUGGGAGCGUCUGGCAAGCAGGUGGAGCAGCUCGGAGGACGCGCGCCCGCUACUUCCAGGCCUGGUUCUUCCAGGCCUACUCCUUCCCAAUCCGCUCCUCCCCGGCUCAACGCUGCCCAGCCCAACGCUCCGCUGUCCGCGCCAGGAAAACUCCAUCGGUCCCCCCGUCACAACGUCGCACACGCUCCUCCAGUACAGCCCAUGCAACGGCGCAUGCCUAUUCCCCAGCCCCAGCUCACGCGGCUGCAGAUGCCCGUUCCCCAGCCCCAGCCCAUGCAAUGGCACAUCCCCGCUCCCCGGCACCAGCACCAGCACUCCCAACCCCCCAUGCAGCCCCCGCGCUGGAACACCGAGCUGGGCCAGCUGAACUCGGGCUACAUCGACUUCACGAAGUUGCCGCCGAUGAGGGAUGAGCACGGGAAUAUCAAGCUGCCGCCGUCAAAGCUGCUGCUUGAUCACGCCUAUCGACGCCAGUUCGGUCCUGGGUUCGUGUUCCCUGCCAAUGGGCCGCCCGUGCCCAUACCUAUGCCUAUGCAUAUGCACACACGGCGUGCGCAGCAGUGGUUGGCUGGGGGGCGGCCCCCGGCACCUGCACCUGUACCUGUGAUGACCGCUGCGAUUCCGGCCCCGGGGUGGAACAGGAUGCCCGCGCCGUCCCGUGGGAUGCAGGCGCCGCCGGUGCCGUUCAACCGUGGCGUGAAGCGCAAGUUCGAAGACACGCGCGACGCUGCACCAUCCAGCGCUGCCCCGGCGAGCCGCUCUUUCCAACCCGGCUCUACACUCGAGAACUCGCGUCGGUCGGCUGCGACGGCCUUGCUGGACGACGCGCCUUACGCCAUCGAUUCGGGGUCUUGGGCCGUAUCGUUGAGAUCCCCAUCCAGCUUGCAAGGUCCCGCACAGCAGUCAGCGCCAGCCCCGGCGAACGCAGGCCAGGCCUCAUCUUCCGGCGGUCAGCGCGUUGGCGAGGGGGAACGCCCGCCCCUCGGCAGCGCGGCGCGACCGAUCCCCGUCGUGGACGCGCCUUCGACCUUGGGCUACGAUCCUCUCGAGGCGCUUCGGGAGGACGCCGUUUGGCCUGAGGAUUUGUCGACCAACGAGGCUCGGGAGGCGCUGCUCGACUCUUGGUUCGAGUUCUCGCCGAAAGCCUGA